AUGAUGAGCUGUGGAGUUCCAAUUUACCAAUUCUCAGUCCCAAAAUCUUCUAAUAUUUAUGGCAAUUUCAACCCAAACAAGUCUAAUUCAAGGUGGGGGAAGAAAUGGACUGAGGUUAGAUGUUGUAACCAAAGGGUAGGAGAGAAGGCUAGAGCAAAGAAGAAUUAUUAUGAGUUGCUAGGAGUUUCUGCUGAUUCUAAUCCCCAAGAAAUAAAAGAGGCUUACAGGAGGCUGCAGAAGAAGUAUCACCCUGAUAUUGCUGGCCAAGAGGGUCAUGAGAAUACUCUAAUGCUGAACGAGGCUUAUCAAGUGCUGAUAAAAGAUGAUCUGAGGAGAAAUUACGAUGCUUCCAUUGGUCCAAUCAAAGUACAAUUUGGAAACACUGUAUCUGGUUAUAGCUCUUGGAAAGGGCCGUUGAGACCCCAAGCUUUAUUUGUUGAUGCAAACGCAUGCAUAGGUUGCAGAGAAUGUGUCCACCAUGCAAGCAACACAUUUGUAAUGGACGAAGCUCUUGGAUGUGCACGAGUUAGAGUUCAAUAUGGAGACAAUGAUCAGAAAAUUGAUGUUUCAGUAGAUUCAUGCCCAGUGAACUGCAUCCAUUGGGUGGAUAGAGAAGAGUUGGGAGUGCUUGAAUUCUUGGUUCAACCUCAGCCAAAGGAAGGGUAUGGCAUAUACGGAGGGGGUUGGGAAAGACCUGCAAAUGUAUUUAUGGCAGCUAAGGCUUUCAGCAAGCAGUUAAAACAGCAGGCUGAGGCUGAAGGACAAGGAAGGAGAGUGGCAGUAGAAGAAGAGACCCCUGCUCAAGCAGAGGCUCGAGCCAAUGCUAGCAUGAAGAUAAAGAUGGAAAAAUUCAGCAGAAUUUGGAAUAACUUUAAAUCAUUUUUUGGCUCAAACAUAUGGGAUUCGAAGUGACAUAUGCAAGACAGCAAAAGAACAUCUUCAUUCUUAUCCUUCCCAAGAAGCAAAAAGAUGUCACUCAAAUGUAAAUGACUGGAGUAUGAUGUAGAUACAAAGAUAGGACCAAAUACACAUCUGCUUCAUGGUUGUUGCCUCUACUUUGCAUAUAUGAACUGCAUACAUGGUAAAUGGAGGACUGUGUAUUCUGCCUUGGUUUUAAAAUACAUGGAAAUGGUUA